ACGAGGGGAACAUGGACAUGAAGAAGAGGAUCCACCUGGAGCUGAGGAACCGAACCCCGGCAGCUGUUCGAGAGCUUGUCUUGGACAAUUGCAAAUCAAAUGAUGGAAAAAUUGAGGGGUUAACAUCGGAAUUUGUGAACUUAGAGUUCCUCAGUUUAAUAGGUGUAGGUUUGAUGUCAGUUUCAAAUCUACCCAAGCUAACUAAAUUGAAAAAGCUUGAGUUCAGCAACAAUAGAAUCUUUGGAGGUUUGGACAUAUUAGGAGAAGAACUUCCAUAUCUCACACAUCUAAACCUAAGUGGAAAUACACUGGAAGAUAUCAGCACCUUGGAACCUUUAAAAAAGUUGGAUUGUCUGAAAAGCCUGGAUCUGUUUAACUGUGAGGUCACUAACCUAAAUGACUAUCGAGAGAGUGUCUUCAAGCUCCUGCCCCAGCUGUCCUACCUGGAUGGCUAUGACCGAGAGGACCAGGAAGCCCCUGAUUCAGAUGAUGCAGAGGUGGAUGGUGUGGAUGAUGAGGAAGAGGAUGAAGAAGGAGAAGAUGAAGAUGAUGAUGAGGAAGAAGAUGGCGAGGAGGAAGAGUUUGAUGAAGAUGAUGAUGAAGAUGAAGAUGUAGAAGGAGAAGAUGAUGAAGAUGAAGUCAGUGGUGAGGAAGAAGAAUUUGGACAUGAUGGAGAAGUUGAUGAAGAUGAAGAAGAUGAAAAUGAGGAUGAGGAUGAAGAAGAGGAAAAGAGCGGGAAAGGCGAAAAGAGAAAGAGAGAAACAGAUGAUGAAGGAGAAGAUGAUUAAGACCCAAAUGAACGCAGAAACAGAACUGUUCAGUAGUGGUUGGACUGCU